UUUUUGUGUCGAUUUUGGAAGACAAAGUCAAAGAUUAAAAUGGCUAAACCUAAAGGAGAGAGGAAAGGUAAAUCGGCUAUAAAUGAAGUUGUUACCCGUGAAUACACAGUAAAUUUACAUAAGCGGCUUCAUGGAGUUGGUUUCAAGAAACGGGCACCACGAGCUAUUAAAGAAAUCCGUAAAUUCGCUGAGAAACAUAUGGGAACUCCUGAUGUUCGAGUGGACACUCGCUUGAAUAAGUACCUCUGGUCUAAGGGAGUCAGAAAUGUUCCAUUCCGUGUCAGAGUAAGGCUCUCCCGCAGACGUAAUGAUGAUGAAGAUUCAGCCCACAAACUAUUUACACUUGUGACUUAUGUCCCAGUUGCAUCUAUCAAAGGCUUACAGACAGAGAAUGUUGAUGCUAGCCAAGAAUAAACAUUAAGUUUAGCAU